AUGGGAUGCUUAGAAGUGGAACCAAAGGUGGGGAAAGGGAACGAUCGAGGUGGUAUGAGGAGGAACAAGUAUGAGAAAAUAGAAGGACAAGGGGAUAAAAGGAGAGAGCCAUGUGGAGGCAGCUCCUCAGCUUCAGCAGAAAGUUUGGUCUUUCAGAACCUCUUGGAGUAUUAUGGAAUGAAAGCUGUCUACUUUCAGGAUGAAGAAUACAUACCCCAGAUGGAUGAGCGAAACAAAAUGCUGAAAGAAAAAUUAGUAUCUCGUCUCCGAUUUGAACCAGAGAAGGCAGAGGUGCUGCUUAUGGUACAAGGCAGGUAUACUGUGUGUGAACCGGCUGACAGCAGUGAAAAAGACAACAGUGAACUGUCAUCCUCAGUAGAGAAGAAAUACUCUAUUCUUUGCACAGCAGUUUACAGAGCGAGCAGAGAAAGGAAACACAAAGCAACAACAAAAGAGGAAGGCGUGUGUUUUGGAAAUGUACUAUCAAGAAUACAUAAGGAGGGAAGAGAAGAAUCUGUUUGUCAGCCUACUAGCACGUCAGAGCAUGAGACAAUGAAGUUAAAAAGGAGCAUAACAAAACCGGCAUCCUUAAUGUCAAAGAAUGAGAAUUUGAAAAAGACACUUCCCACAGCUUCUGCUUGCAAAGGAGUUCAGCAUGGUUUUGGCACACCACCUUCGUCUUCUGUACAUGAUAAUAUUAGAAAGGCUGAAAUGCAAAUAGCUGGUUUGGAACCAAGUUGCCAUAAAAAGACUUGUGAGCAACCAAAAGUUGAAAGAUCUUCUAAAAAGCCUUUGAGAACCAAAAUUCUUUCUUAUGACAGAACAGAACCAAUUGAUGAUGAUGUUAUAAUGCAUAUUUUGAGGCUUCGAGGCAAACUUGGCUGGCAAACAAAGUUACCGUCAUGUGAAUGGUUAGCUAGAGAGGCUGAUGUAGCCAGACUUCAGAAGUUCACACUUACGAAACCUUUACUGCUGAAAGAUAGUGGGGAAUAUAUAUAUUGUCUUCAACGAAACAGGAACAACUUUAAAGCUCCCUACAACCCAUACGAUUUACAGGCAGUCUCUACGAAUACAGCUAUGCAAAACAAAGAAUAUUGGACUGUUACAGCUUCAUUUGUGUCUAAGGUAGCAUGUUGUGCAGCACACAGAACAACACCAACCCAGAGAUUUCCACAGAAAGCACAUUUUUCUUUUCAUUUAUCAUCAUGUUGCUUUCCCAUUGCAAUUAUGUUACCGUCUUUGCUUAAGAGCUUACUGGUCCCUCCUAAAGACAAGUCCUCUGUUGGCUUUGAGCUGAACAUAGCUCAUCCUUUUGCUCAGGCAUGUGUUUAGAUCUUGAAGAACGGUAUCCAGUUUGAACCAUAGCACACUGGGUGUAUCAGAAGAUGGGUAACUCAAAAGUUAGCACCCAGUAAUCUACUAACAUUUCUGGGCAUAAUAAUGCAUGGCAGGGAAUAUGCUCACAUCCUGCGUGUUCUGAUCUCAGACAAGGGCAUACCCUUUGCUGAUAGUUGUAUACAGAAAUUGGUAAUGUUCAUGCCUUAUCUUUGCUUUUUCUGUUCUUUUACUCUCUGCAUUGUAAAUAGGUAAGCCUUCAGUGGCUUACUGAUUAGUCUUUGUUUGGUCUUGACAGCAUUUCCUUUUUUAAAAAAUGAAAGAGCAAAGUUUAUCCUCUAACUCAGAAGGAGAUUCCACGGCUGAUUUAAGCCUAUGUAAGGCGGACGAGAGAGUGGCUCUAAGCCACCCUUUCCAUUGCACUGGCAGUGGUGAUUUCAUGGCCAGUGUGUUGGAUCAUCUCACUAAUUUAGCUGAAAAUGAAUGAAAAUACUUAUAUAUGUGUCUUUGUCUGCUUGCCAGGUUAAUUUUCAGUCAGAUUAGAGAGCUAAUCCAUCUCACCAGGAGAACAGAGUACUGAUAUUCCUAAAAGAAGCACUAAAAAUAAUACCUUUUAAGAAUAUGAGCACCACAUUGCAUGAUGUUUUAUCAGUUCUUAAAUGCCUUUGAAGACAACUCAACUUUGAAGCCCUUUUUCUCUUUAGCAUCAGUAAAUUUUAGAACUAGUAUGACACUAAACUUGCAUGGAAGAAGUGAUAAUUGCAUGAUUUACAUAAUUGGAUUGUUGCUGGAUGCUAAAGUUAAACUUUUUGUUGUAUGUAUGAGAUACGUGAUUUGAAUGUCAGAAAAUUACAGACAUAGCUUAGGAACUGAUGCAGUUACUGUUGUUAAAAUGGGGAAGAUGUAUUUACUACCAGUGGAGGUACUAAGCUUUUAUAAAACCAGAUUGGAAGAAAAGAAUAAAUGUUGGGAGCCUGACUGGGAAAAAAAGGCUGUGACCUUGUUCCUUUGCCUUCUGAAGUACAAACUUGAUUUAAAUACAAAGUGAUUUGUUCCCAAAUGUCUGUAAUAAAAGAUCUACU